CUGAGUCCAAGGUUUCUUCCUCAUGAGACAGCGUGCUUUGUUAAAAGCGAUCUACAAAUCAUACUGAAGUGAACAGAAGAUUGAUCACACAGAAGAUUGAUCACAAUGCUGAUCAGGAUGAAGCUCUUACUGAAAGCAGUGGAUGGAGUGCCAUGUUAGGAAGUCUUGUAUCUUCUGGAUGAGUAUGAGAUCAUGUCAUCACGUCCCCUCCUCCUGCUGCUCUCCUAUUUGCCAGAAACUCACAUUAUAGAGACACUCACAGGCGUUCAGCAAAGCAGAGACAGGAGAGACAAGAGGAGGACAAGGGAGGACAGUUCAGCGGAGAACACACAGCGGAGUUUUAUAUACAUAAAGCUUCCGCAACAAGAAAGAUAACAUAUAGAGGCCAAGCCGAGCAAGUUUAGUUGAAGCCGAGCUUCUUCAAUAUCAUGACUGCGUGCAUCUUCAUACGAGGAGGAAAGUUUGAGAGAGCCCUCGCAGAUGAUGAGAUUGCAGAGCUUCUUGAGGCCUUUGAAGAGUUUGAUAAGGAUAAGGAUGGACUGAUCAGCUGUAAAGAUCUAGGCAAUCUGAUGAGAACUAUGGGUUACAUGCCUACAGAGAUGGAGCUGAUUGAGCUGGGCCAGACGAUUAAUAUGAACCUGGGAGGACAGGUGGAUUUUGAAGACUUUGUGGACCUGAUGGCACCAAAACUCAUGGCGGAAACAGCUGGAAUGAUUGGCAUGAAAGAGCUGAGGGAUGCUUUCAGACAGUUUGACAUGGACGGUGAUGGGGAGAUCACGACAGAGGAGCUGAAGUUGGCCAUGAACAAGCUGUUGGGGGAAAACAUGAAUCAAAAAGAGAUUGACGCGGUGGUUAGGGAGGUCGAUAACAAUGGUGAUGGAACUGUAGACUUCGAAGAGUUUGUGAAAAUGAUGUCAAGCUGCUGAGAGGUGCAGAGGUGGAACAUGAUGACGUACAAUUACUUUGAUACUGUACUUUAUUUGGGUUUUUAACCGACUGUACCGUUCUUUCAUUCACUUAAUAAUGUUCAAAUUUAUCCUUAAUACAUUUUCAGACUACAUCGCUACAGUCCUCCGUAAUCGUACACAGGAUUUGGAUAAUUAGAAUUAAAAUUCAUAACAAAUAUAAACUUAAGCAUACUUAACAGUGAGAAUAAAACCAAAUCAUCAAUAUUGUAAUUUAUCUGUGAUCUACUAUAGACUGAUCAGUCAUAACAUUAAAAUGCAAGACAAUAUGCCCAAGGUUCCCCCUUGUGCCACUAGAGUAGCCCUGGUCCCUCGGGGCAUGACUCCUACGCAAAACCUGUAGGGAUGUGCUGUGGUGUCUGGAACAGGGACGUGGCGGGGUGUGGCAUCCAUGGAUCAGGUUUGUUUUUCCGGCACAUUCCAUGGAUGCUCGGUCAGAUUGAGAUCUGGGGAAUUUGAAGGUGAGAUUAACAACCUUAAAUUAUUUCUUCUGUUACACCCCAUACAUGGCAGGCUGUGAUACACUGGCUGUUCCGGUGCCUUUCUGUAAUGGUCAGCAUUAACUUUCCUGUAAUUUGUGCUAAAUUAGCUUUCCUGUGGGAUCGGACUGGAUCCUUGGGUGCCUAUGUCACCUGUUAACUGGAAUAUAAUUGAUAAUCAAUAUUAGUCAAUUCACCAGCCAGUGAUGUUAAUAUUGUGUUUUUAUGUUAAAAAAAGGUAUCAUUAAAGUAUCAUUAUUGCAAUUCAACUAUCUUUAACAUUAAACAAUUAAUUAUACUAGUUAACAUUUGAGAGAUUGAAAGUAAAGAUUUUUUUCUGCAUUCCUUGGUUACUUUAUGCUUAAAAAACAUAAAUUUCCAACAAGUAAAUGAAAUCAGAGUGCGGCUUGAGCUAGAUUUUGUUUGUUUUUUGUAAAUCUUUCUUGUACUUUCAUA